AUGGCUCCCCGUGGCGGGGACGCUUUGAGACAGAUGGACGAGACGACCUGCAACUUUGGUGGUCCCUUUUGUGAAUCCCCCGAUGCCCUUUCUGUGUGCUUCGCUGCUUCUUCACAUGGCCGAAGUAAUGAAUCCGGCGGCCCCACAUCUUUUGUUUUCCUUUAUCUUCUUGCUAUUUGCAGAGAGUUUGAAGGUGCCAAUAUGCGUGACCCCAAGGCAUGUGCACUUUCUUCCCUACACACAUGCACACACACAUCAUCACAUGGUUUUAUGGGCCACCCCGUGAUGCAGCCGAUUCCUUGUUGUGGCAUUUUACAGGUGCUUUUUAGACCCGUGUCUACGCUUAUGAUGAUUAGGUUGUUUGCAAAGAAGCUGUUCCUCAUUCCUGAUGAUUUGUUUACCUUUCGGUUGAGGGGGCCCCUUCUGAUUAUGAGCAGCAUUGAUCCAGGGAACGGAUCGUUGCGGCACCCCGCAGGUUCGGAAAAUGGCGUUUCACAAUAUCUUGUUUGUUUUCACUCUGGGGGUUUAACUGUACAGGAACCGUCCCAUUCAUCUCGCUGGGUGGGGAUAUAUUUUGCAGCGACUUAG